AUGUCCUCCGCGAGACUCAACACAACCCUAUGCAGGGUGGCCGCCAGCGCAUGCCAGAAAGCACGCCCGUCGCAAUGGCAGAGCCGAGGCAUCCACGGCGGGAUGGUCACGAAGAGACCUGCGCAGCUCUCUCCCAGACAGAUCCAAUGGCCCUCGGCCCGCAGCUUCUCGAUCUCGGCUAUUAAGCCGCAUGGCCACAUCACCCCUCCGAAGCCCGGUGAAGAGCUGUGGGUGACUUUCGUCGACAAAGAUGGUGACGAGCACAAGAUUGCCGUCAGCGAAGGAGACAACCUGCUGGAUAUCGCACAAGACAAUGACUUGGAGAUGGAGGGUGCCUGCGGAGGCUCUUGUGCCUGCUCAACAUGCCACGUCAUUGUCGCCGACGAGGAAUACUAUGACAAGAUGCCCGAGCCCGAAGACGACGAAAACGACAUGCUCGACCUGGCCUUUGGCUUGACAGAGACGAGUCGACUCGGUUGUCAGGUCACGAUGAAGAAGGAACUAGACGGCCUCAAGGUCAAGCUGCCCUCGAUGACGCGGAACCUGCAGGCCAGCGACUUCAAGUAG